AUGCAUUUGAGGUUCUCCGUACUGCAAACCAGACGAAGUGAGAGUGUUGAGUACCAGAGUCUGGGUUGCUGGAGGGACGAUGAUGACCGCGCCAUUCCAUCACUUGAGGGGACAGAUGCACGCCUAGAUGGUUACUACCGGACACGUAACGAUCCCAUCGAAAAGUGUUACCAGGUAGCACUUUCUCGUGGCUUUGCCGUGUUUGCUGUACAGGAUGGCGGACAGUGCCUUGGGUCGGCUGAUGCUCAGAACACCUACAAGAAGCACGGACCGUCCACAGCCUGUGCAGCGGACGGCAAGGGCGGGGUCUUUGCGAAUGAAGUCUAUUUGAUAGACAUCGACGAAUGUGCAACAGACAACGGUGGCUGUGCCCAAACUUGCACCAACGUCCAGGGAAGUUACAACUGUUCCUGUCUACAGGGCUUCGUGUUGGAAGCAAACGAGCAUGGAUGUGAAGACACUGACGAAUGUGCGACAGACAACGGUGGAUGUGCCCAAACCUGCACUAACGUGCCAGGAAGUUACACCUGUUCCUGUCCACAAGGAUUUGUGUUGAUUGGAGACAGCCAUGGUUGUGAAGGUAUUAACCUCGACGAAUGUGCGACAGAGAACGGACGGUGUGACCAGAUCUGCACCAACGUCCCCGGGAGCUACAGGUGCUUCUGCCGACGAGGCUUCGUGCUGAUUGAAGACGCCCACGGCUGUCGAGCUGUAGAUCCACCAAUGGACCUGGCCGUAACUGACAUCACGGACGAAGGGUUCAAGGUCACCUGGUCUCCAUCCCCUGACUCUGACCUUCAAGGGUACCGUGUGGUGGUCUCCAACCUGGACACGACGACAGCUGUCAAUCAGAGCACUGACGAGGCGUGGUUUUCGGUGGUCGGCCUGUCACCAGAGACUACUUACAUCAUCAGGGUGACGGCCCUGUUCUCUUCAGGUGGUUGGAGGUCACAAAGCGAGGCGGCAGUGAUACCGGCAACCACAGCCGCCAUAUCAACCACAGUUGCACCAACCACAAUUCCUGCUGCUACAACCCAGCAGACAAGUCGGAUGACCACCCGCCUUUCCACCAAACCUGCAACUUCGACCGUACAACAUGCACAUGAGGCUGGAUGGGGCGAGGAAUCAUCUGAUGACGCCACCACUCCAUCAGCUGCUGAAACAACUAAGCAGACAAGUGGGAUGCCAACAUCCAUGUCCACCAGACCAUCAACUCCAACUCCACAACUCGGAUCGGAUACCGAUGGAAUCACAGAGACCAUCAGCAGUCCGCCGGGCGGCAACAGGGCAACAUCAGCUGAUCAGGUAAACUGUGCAGUUCUGCAGCUGAGGGGAUUUUAG